UGACAGCGUCUUUCAUAUUCACCAUCAGCGUAUACAGCUGCGCGUCUCCAUUUCAUCUGGAGCGCAGUAGUGGCGUCCGUCAUGGUAGCGUGCCGAGGCUGUGAGGUCAUUGGAUGCUGAGAGAUUGUGAACUUCUGGAUGGUCGUAUGAUUAAGACAACAUAUGAUCGCGCUUACAUCAAUACAAUCUCGUGGAUGCAAAGUUGAAUGACAAGCGACAUAAGAAACAUAGAUGUAGAUGGCAUUGCGCUCACUGGUGGGCUUCUCUAAGAGGAGGGUUUGGUCAGGGUCGUUAUCCUCCCCUUUAAUGCAAGUAUCCAUGAAGCAGGGAGACAUCAGGAGGACAUUAGCAUCGGGAGUCCCUCGCGGACACUUCUUAGAGGUUUUGCGUAAAGAUGCGCGGCGCUCGGCUCGCCAGCAACACCGUUAUUUACAAUGAUGGGACCGCGCACCCGAUCUCCAGCAGAGCCAAGCAUGACUCCACCACGACGCCCAUCCACCACUCCUGACAGGUUGCCCACAGAGACCGUCCAAAAGAAUAACAGCAGUAAUACUGGCGUUAUUCUUGACAUUUCCACCCUGAAAAUGGCCGAUGUGGAUUCUGAGGUCCCUCCUCUACCUCCACGAUAUCGCUUUAGAGAUCUGCUGCUCGGGGAUCAGUCGUUUCAGAAUGAUGACAGGGUGCAGGUGGAAUUUUAUGUCAAUGAAAACACAUUUAAGGAGAGAUUGAAGCUGUUCUUCAUCAAAAACCAAAGGUCAAGUCUCAGAAUCCGCCUCUUCAACCUUUCCCUGAAGCUCUUAACAUGCCUCCUCUAUAUAAUCAGAGUCUCACUGGAUGACCCGACUACCCAGGUCACUUGUGCACGGAAAAACUGCACGAACAUCUCAGACGCCCUGUGCGGCAAAUCCUGUGCCAACUACCCAUCAAACCUGACUACAGAUCCCAUAGAAAUAAACUGGGACUUAAUAUUCUGGGUAAACAGAAGAGUUCCUGUAUGGGCGAUACAGGUGACAGUGGCCUUAAUAAGCUUCUUGCAAGCAAUGCUCCUGGUGUAUCUCAGCUAUAAGGGGAACAUUUGGGAGCAGAUUUUCCAAAUCACCUUCAUCAUUGAGAUGAUCAAUACAGUGCCAUUCAUAAUUACAAUAUUUUGGCCUCCACUGAGGAACAUAUUUGUUCCUGUGUUCCUUAACUGUUGGCUUGCCAAAUCAGCACUUGAAAACAUGAUUAACGAUCUCCACCGUGCCAUUCAACGUACGCAUUCUGCCAUGUUCAACCAAGUCCUUAUUCUGAUCUGUACGCUGCUGUGUUUGGUCUUUACCGGGGCUUGUGGGAUUCAACACCUGGAGCGGGCAGGGAAGAAUCUCACGCUCUUUGAUGCUUUAUAUUUCUGCAUUGUCACUUUCUCAACUGUUGGCUAUGGAGAUGUGACGCCCAAAAUCUGGCCGUCUCAGUUGCUGGUGGUCAUUUUGAUCUGUGUGGCACUGGUGGUGCUGCCGCUGCAGUUUGAGGAGUUGGCGUACUUGUGGAUGGAGAGACAGAAAUCAGGGGGGAACUACAGCCGACAUCGAGCUCAAACAGAGAAACAUGUGGUUCUCUGUGUCACUUCUCUCAAAAUAGACCUGCUUAUGGAUUUCCUCAAUGAGUUUUAUGCCCACCCUAGACUGCAGGAUUAUUAUGUGGUGAUACUCUGUCCCACUGAGAUGGACAUCCAGGUACGGCGGAUCCUCCAGAUCCCACUGUGGUCCCAAAGAGUGAUCUAUCUCCAGGGUUCUGCUCUAAAGGAUCAGGAUCUGAUGAGAGCCAAGAUGGAUGAUGCAGAAGCGUGCUUCAUACUCAGCAGCCGAAAUGAAGUGGACCGAACGGCAGCUGAUCAUCAGACCAUUUUGAGAGCGUGGGCUGUAAAGGACUUUGCACCAAACUGUCCUCUCUAUGUUCAGAUUCUCAAACCAGAGAACAAAUUUCAUGUCAAAUUUGCAGAUCAUGUGGUGUGUGAAGAAGAGUUCAAAUAUGCGAUGCUGGCUCUAAACUGCGUGUGUCCUGCCACCUCCACAUUGGUGACUCUCUUGGUUCACACAUCUCGUGGACAAGAAGGGCAGACGUCUCCAGAGCCGUGGCAGAGAACGUAUGGCCGUUGCUCGGGCAAUGAAGUUUAUCACAUCCGUCUGAUGGACAGUAAGUUCUUCGGUGAAUAUGAUGGGAAGAGCUUCACUUACGCCUCCUUCCAUGCGCAUAAAAAAUAUGGGGUCUGCUUAAUCGGUACAAAGAGAGAAGACAACAAGAGUAUCCUUCUGAACCCUGGUCCACGCCAUAUCAUGUCUGCCACAGACACCUGCUACUACAUCAACAUCACAAAGGAGGAGAACUCGGCAUUCAUCUUCAAACAGGAAGAGAAGCACAGCAAAGGAAUGACGGUCGCCGGGGUGUAUGACGCACCUUCUCGCCUACCAGUGCAAAGCAUCAUCGCAAGCAUGGGAACUGUGGCCAUUGACCUGCAGAAUCCAGAUCCACCGGCUGACAGAAGUAAGCUAACCCUGCCUACAGAAAAUGGAGCCGGGAGUCGCAGACCCAGCAUCGCACCCGUCCUGGAGAUUGCUGACUCUUCUGCCAUCCUACCCUGUGACCUUCUCAGUGAUCCGUCUGAAGAUGAGACCAACCAAUCAGAUGAGGAGGGAGCACCAUCAUUAGAGUAUAUCAAAGGCUAUCCUCCUAACUCACCAUACAUUGGAAGCUCCCCAACACUUUGCCAUCUUCUACACCAGAAGGCACCAUUUUGUUGCCUACGGCUUGACAAGGGUUGCAGGCAUAACAGUUUUGAGGACGCCAAGGCGUAUGGUUUCAAGAACAAGUUGAUUAUCGUUUCUGCUGAAACAGCUGGAAACGGCUUGUACAACUUCAUCGUUCCGCUCCGAGCGUAUUACAGACCCCGGAAAGAGCUGAAUCCCAUCGUGUUGCUGUUGGAUAAUCCGCCUGAUAAUCAUUUUCUAGAGGCAAUCUGCUGUUUCCCAAUGGUGUACUACAUGGCUGGUACCAUAGACAAUCUGGACAACCUGCUGCAGUGUGGCAUCAUCUAUGCUGAUAACCUGGUGGUGGUGGAUAAGGAGAGCACAAUGAGCGCAGAAGAAGACUACAUGGCUGAUGCUAAAACCAUUGUCAACGUUCAGACCAUGUUCAGGUUGUUUCCGAGUCUCAGCAUCAUCACUGAGCUCACCCAUCCUUCGAAUAUGAGAUUCAUGCAGUUUCGUGCCAAAGACUGCUAUUCACUGGCUCUCUCCAAACUGGAAAAGAUAGAGAGAGAUAAGGGAUCUAAUCUGGCAUUCAUGUUUCGCCUCCCGUUCGCUGCAGGCAGAGUGUUUAGUAUUAGUAUGCUGGAUACUCUCUUAUAUCAAUCUUUUGUAAAGGACUACAUGAUUCUCAUCGCAAGGCUCUUGUUGGGUCUCGACACCACGCCAGGUUCUGGUUAUCUCUGUGCUAUGAAAGUAACAGAAGAGGAUUUAUGGAUCCGGACAUACGGGAGAUUGUUUCAGAAGCUGUGCUCAUCCAGUGCCGAGAUUCCCAUCGGGAUAUACCGCACUGAAUCUCACAUGUUCUCCUCUUCAGAGUCUCAGGUGUCUGUAGAGGAUUGCGAGGAUACGCGAGACCGCGGGGAGACCUGGAAGGAGAAAGCAGCCCACAGAAACUCCACAGGGAGUGACCAAUCAGAGCAUCCGCUCUUGAGGAAGAAGAGCAUGCAGUGGGCGAGACGACUGAGCAGGAAAAACACCAAACCGCCUAGUCGAGCCGAACGCAUCAAUCAACAGCGGCUGAACCUGUACCGCCGAUCCGAGAGACAGGAACUGUCAGAGCUGGUGAAAAACCGAAUGAAACAUCUGGGGCUGCCCACUGUGGGAUACGAGGACGUAGCUAAUUUAACCGCAAGUGAUGUGAUGAACCGUGUAAAUCUAGGAUAUUUGCAAGAUGAAAUGAACGAUAACCAGAACACGUUGUCAUAUGUGCUGAUAAACCCUCCUCCGGACACUAUACUAGAGCUCAAUGAUAUUGUCUACAUCAUUCGCUCCGAUCCGCUGGCACACGUUCCUGAGAAUCUUCCGGGAGCAUCGGCCGAAACGAAACUACGGCAGGCCUAUGGAUCGGAGACAUGUGAUGAGACUCAUCUGUGAUAAGUUCUGUCAUCAGCAUCCCAUCUCCUCCGUCUCGAGCUGCUAAAGCACACCGUCUGCAUGAUCAAUGAUGACCAACCAAACACACAGACGGGACUCGUGUGCCAACACAAACUGCCAUUCAAUGCCGAACGGCUGUAACUCCACGGAUUCCUCUUUUACACAGACUUUUCUGAAUGCGGCUGGCUGUUAACCUUUUUUGUAUUUAAGACUUGGCAGAUCAUGUAAAAGUGAGGUGUUAAUGUUGAGUCACUCUGGACCAAAAGCAAGCACUUUGGAUAAAUAGUGCAGUAUCAGAAAUCAUUAAUGUGCGCAGCUAGCUAUGGACAGAAGAAAGUAAAUACCAUUUGCGUCAGUCGGUUCACCUGAUUGGACCAGAACAGUGAUGUCAGAGCCCUGUAUAACGCAGAUAAUUAGUUUACAUUAGUGCUAUAUAUAGCACAAAGUAAAUAUUUAUUUGUACAUAUAAGUUAAUCACAUAUUAUUUUACAUGCCUCUAAAGUAUUUACAAUGUUUUUGUUGUGAUUUUGUCCUUAAAGCACAAAAAAUGUUAUGUUAUGCUAUUUUAAAACUGCACAUUUUUUGGUGUUAUUGAACAUCUUGUUGAUUUACGGUAAAUCACAAUGGAUUUAAGUUGCAAUUUAGUGUCCGAAAUAGCCAUAUCAUACGCUCAUUCACUAAUUUCUAGAUUAGUUCAGUAGUGUUAGUCCACUUGGAUGAGUUGAUAGAAACGAGUGAGUGGAUUUAGGACACUGACAAUCUUGUGUCAAAACGCGGUUCAUUUGGCACGCGCCUCACAGUCGAGCUGCUAGCUCGGCUGUACACUCGUUAUUGCGGUGUAUUUUUCGGAUUAAACAUGAGAUUCACACUUUUUGCACAUGUGAAAGUGAUGUCUUUUUGUAUAGGUUAACACGGGCAUAAUUUAUAAAAUGCUGCGUAGAAACGAUCUUAAAUUUGCAUGCGUAUGAUUCAUAGAACGUACGUACUCACGCACAGAAAACGCGCGUAUCCCUUAUUUUAGAUUGUGAAAUCUAUGAAUAGCAAAAAAUUAUCUUGAACUUGCAGUUUCAGAUCUCCGCCUUUAAACGAUCCCCAAUUAAUGUCAUCAUCGACAUAUAAAAUAGCACCUGUCAAUGUUCAAAUCCUUUUCGGGCAGCAAAAAUGGCUUAAACUUCGAAAUAACGUUUUUAUAAAUGUGAACCCCAGUAUUGAAUGGAUGUUCAGAUGUUACUGACGAGCUGCUAAAUGCUGUUUUACAAUAUAUAAGAUCAGCACUGAAACAAUAUUAAACUCAUAAAUUGUGAAUUGAGCGUGCAUUAGUUAUAAAAUAUUUGUAUUCAUGUAAUGUACACUUAACGACUGCUGUCCUUUUUUAGUUCCCUAGGAGUUUUAGCUGUUUUUAUUUUGCUAUAUCAACAGUAUAUUUAAUCAUAUUUUUGUAUUCGUUUCAUAUAAUGUUCUCUUACUGCUCAUUUAAGAACACUAUAGACCCUUUUACAGCUCACGUGAUCAAAUAGCCUGCGCGCGCAUUUGGGCAACAGAAGUGGUGUUAUUCCCCAUUGGUUCUAACGUGGUAGCAACUCAGAAAGUUUAUUAAAACGGUUUCUCAACAUCAAAAUGUCCCGUUGUUGCGUUUGGUUGCACUAAUAUAAUAUACUAAUAUACGUAUAUAUGUAUCUGGCAACUUUAUUUUUGGCCAUCUGCUAACGUCUUUUAUCCACUCCACUAUAGUACACGGAUCUGGUAGCUGUGUUGAAAAUGUUGAUAAAGUCAAUUUUUUAAAAUAACUUACUGUUUGUGUUGCUUCACUGUUGAUUCUUACGAUGCUUCCGUUGCCUAAAUGCGCGCGCAUACGCUGCUACGUCAUCAUUGUGUACAAACAGUAAAAGGGUCUAUACAGUUUAUUUACAGCAUGGGGUUCCUGCGCCCCUUGGUGGCCAGUGGUGGUAUUACCGGGGGUCCUCCAAAUGUUGUUUGAAUUCAAAAUAAUUUUGGGAAAUAUUUAUUUAUGAUAAGGAAUCAAACAAAAUGCAUGAAUUGGCUAAUAAUAAAAACAAAACUUGAUUAAAAUGAAGGUACAUUUAAAAUGUUAUGUAGUACAGUAUGAGGCUUUGUAAAAUAUAAAUUAUACGAAGGUAACCAUCAUAAGUAUGUAAAUCCAGUCUUAAUUUGAUAAAUGUUCUGGGGGUCAUUGCUCCUCCUUUCUAUCCUGAUUUACAGUAUACAGUUUGUUUGUUUACAAUUAUACAGUUUAUACAACUUAAGUAAUUUAUUUAACUUUGCACUCUCAGCUCUGUUGAAAGAGCGGAACAUUGUAACCCUUUAACUUACACAGGCAAAUCAAAAACAAUUGACAAAUCUGUUAAAAGGUGGCAUGAAAAUAAGUAAUAUAUCUGACUGCUUUAAUUUAUAUUUGCAUCAUGUGUACGGAGAUAUUUUUCAUUGUUUAUGUCUUGUUUUAUAAGUGCAUAUAUAAGGAGUUAAUGUUUAUCAUGUAGUGCUGCUUUUGUUUUCCAAUUGUUUUUAUUGUUUAAAUUAGAGAUUUGUAGGAUACAGCAGAAAACAAGGAAUCCACUGAUGGUAGCUGCUGUAAGGUUUCUGUAAUGCACAGUGAUAUUAAAAGGAAUUGUGCUAGAUAACAAUGAUAUUUAUUUUAUAAUAGUACAGCAUUAUAUGUAUAUUUUAUGUAUCACGUUAAGCUGUUUCCGGGGUUUUAUUUUCAUGCCAGCUGCCUUGGGAAUGUUUCUGAUUCAGUGUUGUCCCAAUUUCCCAGCCCCAAUUUGAUAAGAAUUUGCAUGCUAAAAAUGUCAGCCUGCAGAUUUCUUCUCUUUUAUACUACAGUUCCCUACUAUUUAAAUACAUAUAUAUUUAUUAGCUGAUCUCAGCUGUUGUACUUUACAAGUGUUACAAAAAGUAGUUUUUUCUCCAGUAGUUACAGAAAACACGGACCAUGCAUGUCCUAAUCUUGCCAAAUGUGUCAAAAACCCAUGUUUACAUUUGCUGGCUCCUGUUUUUUGAAUUGUGCUGAAUAAUACACAAACUUAUACAUUUUGUACAAUAUCUGUACGAACAUUGAAUGAAACAACAAAUGCUGCAUGCAGCCAGAAACAAUGUGGCAGUAUUUGAACACCAAGUACUAUGAUAUUUUGUUUAUUAAUCUUAAUAUGGUCAUAUUAAAUGUUUUAUUUUCUAAUUACAAGAUCAAGAUGUUUUAACAUAACAAUAGAUGAUUUAUUUGAAUGAUUGCUUGUUGCUUUCAUUUUAAAGGUCAGCAUCAACAUCAUGUCCCUUUCAGGCAUGCAAGAUUUAAAGGGGCGGUGAAUUUGUCGAUUUUAUUGUUUUAUACUGUUGCCUGAUGUCUACUUCUGAUGUCCGCGUGGUUUUUACAUUCAAAAACAUCAAAAACAAUAAGUAAUAGGCUAUUUUGUAACAUAGAUUAGUGGCUGUCUGGAGAAAUGGUUCGUUUGAAGGGGCGGGCCGCAUUGAAGACCUGGACGUAAACACCCACUGCUAUGAUUGGACGGCUUCAUUCCCCGUCAUUACAUGUGGGGAAAUGUUUUAAAAACAUUAAUGUGAUAAAAAUAGCAGCCGAACACAAAUAUGUUUGAGCCACAAAAGAUUCUGGGUGCUAAAUAUGAUACACAUAAAUGACAAUACGUAUAUUAAAGUAGAAACAAAACUCGACGUGACUAAAUUACCGUAUACAACACAGUAAGCGCGCAUCAGAAUCUAAACUGUGGCUAAUAAAUCCUUAUCAAUAACUUUGUAUAAUUCGAUUGUGCUUGUGAGGUUGCUUUUACAUUCACGUAAUGUUAAAUACCACAGUUAUAUGAUAAAAAAUAAGCUUUGUUGAGUGUUUGACCUUUCAAACGUAACUCGCCUAAAUUACCGUAUACAACACAGUAAACGGGCAUCAGAAUCUAAACUGCGGCUCAUAAAUCCUUCUUUAUCAAUAACACUGUAUAUUUCUACAGUUAAAUUACAGUCGUGUUGUUAAGUGGUG